CAAAAUUUUUCGUAUAAAAUAUUUUUCGUAUUUAAAGUUAAUUCCAAAAUCAAAUGUGAACAUAAAUAAUAAUAAUUAAUCAUUCAACGUGGCGCACUCCCAAAUUCGUUUUCAGACAUGGAAAAUCACGAGUUUAAAAGACGGCCAGAAAAGUUUUCUAAAGAACCUAAAUACAAAAGGAGCCAUACACAUCAACAAGGAGAGCUCCUCAUCCAUGGACGUGAGCAUCCCGGGCGAGAGGAUCACCAAUAUCGACAAGCUGCUCAGGGAUAGAGACAUUAAUUACCAAGUGACUGGUGAGCAGAGCAAAAAAGUACGAUGUCCUACGCCAGUGCUUCGUCCCACCAAUGUGUUUAGUUCUAACCGAGCUAUGGACUGGAAAGACUUCCAUUCACUGACCGUGAUAUACAAUGCCAUGGAAACUUUGGAGGCGAAGUACCCGUCCAUUUGCACGGUGUCGAAUAUCGGCAAGAGCGUCGAAGGUAGAGAUAUAAAGAUGUUACGGAUAACUAACAGUGACACUCGGAACAAAGCGGUGUGGCUGGACGGCGGUAUCCACGCUCGGGAGUGGAUCGCGGUGUCAGUGGUCGCGUACAUCGCACAUCAGUUCGCCACCAACUAUAGUGCGCUGCCGGAGUAUGUUACUAACAAGGACUGGUACUUUGUCCCCGUGGUGAACCCGGACGGCUACCAUUACACGCACACCAGCGACCGGCUGUGGCGGAAGAACAGGGCAAGAGUAGAGAAUACUCCGUGUGGGGUAGACCUUAAUAGGAAUUUUGGAUACGGUUGGGGUAAGACGAAGAACGACGCGUACGAAGAUCCGAACCAUAUAAACUAUCAAGGCAGUGAAGCUUUCUCAGAACCGGAGACAAAGGCUAUAAGGGAAGUGAUCCUCAACUCGAACAUUCGCUUCAAGAUAUUCUUAACGUUCCACGCGUACAGCGAGGUUAUAUCGUUCCCGUGGUGCAACUCCACCGAGCCCUGCCCAGACUACGUCGAUCUUUUGGAGGGCGCUACUGUUAUGGCCAAAGCUGUCUACGAUACACACAAGCGAGUAUACAAAGUCGGUAACUUCAGGAACAUAAUGUAUUACGCGACAGGCACCAGCAUAGACUGGAGCUACGGGUCCGCUAAGAUUCCCUUCUCCUACCUGUUCGAGUUGAGGAGCAAACACCACAAGUUCCUCCUGUCCAAGGAGGAGAUACUUCCCUGCUGCGAGGAAGCCCUGAGUGGGGUGAAAGCCCUGGCCAAAUUUGUAGAGCAGAAGAAGCAGUAUUUCAGCCAUAGUCGUUUGAAAAUGUAGUUAUAAUAAAAAAAAUCAAUUGAUGAUCUUUUUUAUGGUAAACAAAAUACGUGCCAGAAUGU